AUGUAAUCUUAGAUCUAACACUAUCUCUCCUAAAUUGGAAUUGAUAAACUUCUCAUUGAUGCUUUUAAGGAGGUAGCUUUUCAAAAGCCCAGUGAUCCAUUAGUGUUUAUUGGUGAGUAUUUGCAAGAAAGAGCCAAUAUCCCUCAAUCAUAGAAAAUUAUGAAAACGGAUGCUAUUAUUCCUUAGGAAUUUUAACAAAAUUCAAUUUCAAUUAGUAAGGACAAAAUAAAAAAAGACAAUAUCUUUAUUGAGCUUGAUAAAAACACAGAUAUGUCAACUGAUUUUAAGAGUUCAUAUAGAAAUGCUCUCUAUAUUUAAGAAUCAGAAAGGCCAUUCAUUGAAUAAGAAGAUAUCUCAAUUACUUUAGAACAAAGAGGCGGCAGAAGCUAUUAGCAAACUAAAAAUGAACUAGAGUAAAAAAUCGUUGUUGGGUAGGAUUCAGCAGAGGAUGAUGAUGACGAUUAUUUUGAUGAAAUUAAUUAGACACCUAGACCACAUGCUGGUGUAUUAAUGGAUUUUGUUAGAUAUGAAACUAAUACUCACUUGAAUGAUUCAAUUACAACAGAGCUAAGCGCAGAUUAAAAUCCUAAUAAAUAUACUACUAAUGAGUGA